AUGAAUCAUGUUGUAGUGGAGCAGUACGUAGAUGGACUGUUGAGCAAGGAGGCAUACGAUGCUCCAUCGGAUACAGUCGCACCGGAGGAUUUGGAAAUGAAGCUACCUCCAUGGUACGACGAGAAGCUUUUUAAUAGGGGUCGCAGUUUCUUCUGGAAAUUUUGCUUCGGCCUUGGCGGUAUUACGGGACCGGGGCUUAUCGCGGUUUUCUCAGUGCCUACGAUACUUGAGGUGCUGGUUGGCUCACGGCGCUCCAGCUCAAAGUAUACUGCGUUCAGACGUUACGUAUCCACGUCCCUACACGUUGCCUCAUGGUUCAGAUAUGACCUGAAGCCCGGUUCGAAAUCUUGGAAAUCACUUCAUGCAGUUCGUUCUCGUCACGUGAAGGCUGGCCGUUCAGCGCGUUUGAAGAAACAAGGGACGGUAUCUCAACGCGACGUAGCACUCACGCUUUUCGGCUUCAUAGGCUUCGGAGUUCUCAAGCCGGAUAAAUUCGGCGUGAGGCAGAUGGAAGAAGGCGACUGGGACGCGUUUAUCUACACCUGGAGGGUUAUCGGCCACAUGAUUGGUUUGGAGGACAGAUACAACCUUUGCCGGAACAACUUCGAGGAGACGAGGCGCGCUUGCCAGCUGGUCAUGGACCGCGUGUUCACGCCCUGCCUAGAGAACGUGCCUGAGUACUUCGAGCAUAUGUCGCGCGUGAUGAUGGAGGGCAUGUGGGCCGUCAACUCCGUGAUGGAGGUGGGCAGCAUGCUGUACUUGACGAAAAACUUGGCGGACGUGCCCGGUUACAUACUGGCGGAAUCCGAGAGGAUCGCAUUCCAGGCGCGACUGAGAGAGCAGUUGAAGGGGAAGAACCAGUACCUUGGUGUCGAAUCGACCACAUUGGUGCAGAAGUCAAGUGUUGAAGGACUUCCGAACCGGCCACCGCGGAUUCUAUACCUGAAAGAGUACGAAGCUUUGGAGACCGCUCCGGAUUACCAAAAACUCUCUAUCGUCUCCAGAUACAAGCUAGCAUUCGGCUCGCUACUGAUCGCUUUCUACAGCACUUGCAUCGGCCGACUGCUGUUGAAUUGGUACUACAUGUUCGCUUUGUACAUGGUCGAGUACUUCCCCUUCGCGGCGUUCUUCGUGUUCGGCGUGAGGAACUCCUACGUGAACAUGUUCGAGGACUCCAUAGCGGACGAUGCGAAAGUCAAACCAAACUCGGAGUACUACAAGCCGCAACCACCAGAACCCUGGUACAAAAUACUAUUGUCUUUCUGG